CUACGCCCGAGCACGGUCCACAUUCGAAGUCUUGGCUUCCAUGCCCGCUCAAUGGUCAGCGCGACCUGCUCACGACCAGCAAGUCGACAAUACAGCCUCACUCUCCUCUCAGUUCAAUCCCAAAAUGGCUGGCGACAAGAUCCCCUACCCCAAGCACGUCUGGUCACCCGCUGGUGGUUGGUACUCGCAGCCCAAGAACUGGAAAGCAAACACUGCCGUCAUGGGCCUCUCGGUCGUCCUUGUUGCCGGUGUCUUCUUCAGCUUGAGCGCCGACCGUGAACACCGCUACAAGAUGCCCGAACAAGGCCGCUUCUUCCCCAGCAGAUACUGGAGCCGUCAAAUCCGCGAACACGAGAGGUCGCUCGCCAACAAGGACGAGUAAGCCGUCGUCAAUUGCUU